UUAGACCUGACGUUUCACAUAUUUUUGUAAAACUAAAAUUUUAAAAUAUUUCCAGUGUCGGUCCGUCUGUCAGUAAUUCAUUCAAUCAAUUCAUAAAUGAACGAAUGUCGGAGCAACAAACACUGAACUCUCGCGCCCUAUAAAACUAAAUAACUCCACGACUCAUCACCCACUUUUGGUCUUCGAUUCUCCAAUUUUACGAACAAAGAGAGAAUGGGAGGCUGUGCGACGAAGCCGAAAGAGUUGAAGAACGAGGCUCCGCCGCCGGAACCGGCACCGGCAAAGGAAGAAGCUGGCGGCACGGUGUCGGAGACAAAGGAGGUGGUGGUUGCAGAGGAAGUGAAGACAGUCGAAGGCGACACUGUUUUCUGCAAACACAAGGAGAUUGUUGAUGAUGACGACUCCCUUGACGAUCAUCCUAACAAGCGCCGAUCUCUCAGUAACUUGUUCAAGGAGAAUGAAGGGAAGGACUCAACUGAAUCUGAUUCAGCAAAACAAGACGAACCAUUGGUAAAUCUAAAACCUACUGACAUUCCUGAAACAAAGCCUCAUGAAUCUGGAAAAACUGAAACUCCAGUUGAGCAGAUGCCAAGGGAAUUAGUUGUUGAAGUUCCUGUGGGGGCCAAAGCAGAGAAAGCAGUUGAGGUUGCACCAACUACCGGAACCUUGGCCGAGAAAGCAAUUGAGUCUCCAGCGGUUUUAGAGAUGAAAAAACCAGAGGAAAAGAAAAUAGUGGAAGUGAAACCAGAUGCAGAGACUCAAAAUCCUGAAACACCGAUGGAAAAGAUAGUAGUAGAAGAAAAACCAGCUACAGUGACUGAAAAACCUGAAAUCACCAAGGAGAAAGAGACAAAGGCAGAUAACUGAAUUGUUACUGAGAGCAUCAUGAAUGUGGUAGAGGAGGAUUUGGUGAUAUACAACAGGAAGAACUAGCAUUUAUGUGUCUUGUAGUGGAAGCAAGCAGGCGAGUAGUGUUUGCAGAAGACAAGUGGUCUGAGUGUGUUGGUAUAUGGUUAUUGGAUGUCAGAAAAGACUGGUUGUUAUUGUUCAGUAAAUUUUAUUUCUAUUUUUCAUUGAGUUUUCCUAUUCCCACCCUUCUAUUUUUGCUUUUGGACCUAUCCAUUUGUUAGUCUAAAUAAAUUGAUGUUUGUAGAUUGUAUUGCCUGUUUUACAUGCAAAAUGUGUUUUUGAGUUUGACUUGUAUUUGAGUUGAGACUGUAGCAUCAAUUCCUAUUGGGUUGAAGCAAGAAAGAUAUAAAAUAGUCUUACAUCCCAAUGGGUGAAAUUUAUGCUACAUCGAGUCCGAGAUAUUUUAUGAAAGUGCGAAAUUUGAGGUUAA